GAGCAACCAAUAGAUGGAGGCUUAUAAACCGCUGAUGAUGCUUAAUUACAUAUAUAAUCCAAAGAAGAGGAAAAAAACCAAUAUUGACUUCCUCACUCCCCGGUUGAUAUUCUAAAUGGGUAAUGCUCCAGAAGAGGAGUGAAAUGUUACAAGUCAAUUGAGCAGGAAAGGAGGGAGAAGAAUAUGCCCUGUGGAUAUAGUUAUUGAUAUGUUAAUUAAUUAUAAUCUCUUUAUGAAAGUGGAUUUAGCAAAGACUUGUUAAAUAUGGCAUUGGAACUUAUACCCAUAGGGACAAUCUUGGCUGUCCUAACAAACCAGGUUUUCAGAACAGCUCAAGCUGCAAUAGAUGUUGUUUUCGAGAAAGAGAGUUUCAAGGUCCUAUCGACGCACUUGUUUGACAUUGAACCUGUUUUAAAGGAACUGCAGCUUCAAGAAUUGAAUGAUUCUCAGGCUGCAAGGCUUGCUUUAGAGUCCCUGGAAGCGGAUGUUAAGAAGGCCAACAACCUGGUUGAGAAGUACAAAAACCGAUCUCGUUUCUACAUGCUUAUCAAGUGCCGGCACAUUGUUAAAGAAGUACAAGACGUCACGAGGGAUAUUGGAAGGUCUCUGGCUUCUUUAUCUCUUGCGAAUACAGAAAUCCUUUCAAGAAUAUCUGAUCAAGUCAAUAGGCUGCAGAAUGAAAUGCAAAGAGUGGAGUUCGAGACUUCGGAUUCUCAACUCCAAAUUGUUGACAAGCUUAAUCAGGGUCUUAGGGACCAGAAACUCGACCAAGCUUUCGCAAAUGACAUGCUCGAACAGAUAGCAAGGGCGGUUGGGGUGCUCAUUGUGCCCUCGGAGAUAAGCAAAGAGCUCGCAGAUUUCAGGAGAGAAAAAGAAGAGGUUGCCAAUAGGAAAGUUUGGGCUGAAGUUUUCUUCUUAGAGCAGGUCAUUGAGCUUCUCUCACGAGCUGAUGCAGCGAGGGAUUAUGAAGAGGUUAAAAGGCGAUAUAAUCAACGGGUUCAGGCCAUAGAGAGAUAUAGCUCGAGGGAAGAAUACAUUCAACCACUUAAGUCUUUUCUUUGUUGCAUAAAUGGAACUGUGAUGGUAGAUCCUGUCAGCCUUUGCACCGGUACUACAUGUGAGAGAGCUGCCAUUGCAGCUCGGUUCGAAAGUGGGGAGAGAACUGACCCAGAUACUCGUGAGGUUCUUGAAGAUACUUCUUUGUGGCCAAACCUUCCACUGAGACAAUCGAUAGAAGAGUGGAGAGAACUAAAUUAUUGCCUCAAGAUCAGAUCUUCCAGGGUGAAGUUGUCUUCAGGUGUUGAUACAUCCAUCCAAGAGGCCCUAAGUCAAAUUCAAGAUCUUAUCAGAGAGGAUUCUAUUAACAAGGACUGGAUUUCCAUUGAAGAACUCCCUUACAUGAUAAUCUCUAUCCUUGGGGAUUCACACAACAGAAAUGUGAAGAGGAAAAUUUUGAUCACCUUAAAUGAUUUUGUGGAAGGUCAUACAAGAAACAAGGACCAAAUCAUCGAGUCUCAGGGGUGGGAUCACAUCAUUGGCUGCUUAGGGCGCGACUCAAUUAUCUCAAAGGCGGCUAUCGAAUUGCUUUUUGAAUUAUUGCAAGACAGGUCUGGUUGGAAUGUCUCUGUCUGUAGGAAACUCUCUCAACAGACCAGUGCUAUUGUUUUUCUUGUCAUCCUCUUAAAAGGUUCUGUGGAAGAAUCAGCUGAGAUUGCAGAAAAGAUCUUGCUGAAGCUUCUUGAAAUUGAUGAAGAGAAUAUUUCUCGUGCAGCUAAAGCUGGUUGGUAUAAACCACUUAUUGAUUGCAUAGUUCACGGGCCAGAGCCUUCAAGGAUAUCAAUGGUGAAAACAAUUGUCAACAUGGAGUUGGUAGACUCUAAUUUGAAGCUCCUCGGGGAAGAAGGAGUAAUACUUCCUUUGAUUGAGAUGGCAGCUGGCAGUAUUGAGGCAAAAGAAUUGUCCUUGUCAGCAUUGGUAAAGUUAUCAGGUUAUAAUGCUAAUAAAAAGCUUAUUGCUGCAGCUGGUGGGGUUCAUUUCGUUAUAAAUCUAAUGUUUUCUCCCCAUACGCGCUCAAUUAUUGUUUGCAAGUGUUGUGAAAUCCUUGAGAAACUUGCUUCUGAUGAUGACAAUGCGAUUGAAUACUUCGUUGAUGAAAGAGGAGCGCAACUUGAUUUAGGGUCGAUUGUCACCAAUUUGACAGCGUUACUGCAGAAUACCAACUGUGCUCACAAUUUUCGCAGGCCAGCCCUGCGGUUGCUUCUUGGGAUUUGCAAGUUUGAAGCAGGAUUGGUGAAAAAAGCGGUUCUUACAAUCAAGGGUUUGUCUCUGGUUCUUCCCCUACUUGAUGACUCUGACUCGGAGAUUCGGGAGAUUGCCAUAAAGUUGCUCUUCCUUUUCUCCCAGCACGAGCCUGAUGGAGUUGUGGAAUACCUUAACAAGCCAAGAAGGCUGGAAGCUUUAGUGGGGUUUCUCCAGAUUGAUGGUAAGGAUGAUGUAAAAAUGGCUGCUGCUGGAGUAUUGGCCAACCUACCAAAAUCAGAGAAGCCAUUGACCAUGAAGUUAAUAGAGUUGGAGGGGCAUACUGCACUCAUAAACAUUUUGAGAAGUGGGUCCAUGGAAGCCAAAGAAAAUGCACUCAGUGCCCUCUUUAGGUUCACAGAUCCUGAAAAUCCCAAGUCACAGCGCAUUAUAGUGGAAGCAGAUGUGUACCCUUUGCUUGUAAAGUUUCUCAGGGUCAGUUCUGUACCAGCUAAAGCAAGAGCUGCAGCUUUGAUAGGCAAUCUUUCCGCUAGCACUCCGGAGCUCUCUGUCAAACCUAAGUCAGGUUUUUGUCGGUGUUUUUGGCUAUCUGGCGUUCCUUCAUGUCCAGCACAUGGAGGUACCUGUAGUGUAAAAUAUUCAUUUUGCCUAUUGGAGGCAAAUGCUUUGCCUGAUUUGGUAAAAAUUUUGCAUGAAGAGGUUCAUGAAACGGCUUAUGAGGCAAUUCAAGCACUUUCCACGCUGGUUAAUGAAAACUUUCCUCAAAAAGGGGCCAAUGUUCUGCAUGAGAACAAUGCCAUAAGCCCCAUAAUAGAGAUCUUGAAUUGGGGAACUAAACCUCUCAAGGAAGAGGCUCUGGGACUUCUAGAAAAUGUUUUCAGGUCGAAGGAAAUGGUGGAAAAGUGUGGAUCGGCGGCCAGAUUUCGUCUUGUUGGCCUUACUAGUGGGAAUAUUCAUGGAGAUAGCCAUCUCAAUAGGAAGGCUGCCAAAAUCUUGGCACUCAUCGAGCGCUACUCAAAAUCGUCAACAUCUCUUCUUCCCGGACUUCAUUAGUAGAAAUUCUUGUUGUAUCAAGGCACAGUGAAGCUUGAUUUAUACUCGUUUAAGUAUCAAAUUUCGUAUCACUAUGUUGCAGUAGAUAUGUACAUUGGUUCAUUAGUUAAACAUUUUUGCAGUGUUCUCUAUUAUGGGAGCAUUUUCCUUCCCCAGUAGUCUUUCUUCAUUACUUCUUUGUCAUUUGUUUCUUUAUAACUACUUACUAUUCAUUCCUAAAAAAAUGUCAAGUUACACUAAGUGGAUCAUACGUAUAAUUCUGUAGAAUGGCAUGUAAACGUUGCAGAUUUAAUGUUCAUGAACUCCUUGUAUAGAAAUCAUCU